AUGAUGUCCCUGAAGCUGCUGUUGCUGGUCAUGCUCCUCCUGGGGGCUUCUCUGCAGGUCACCCAUGCAGCUCGAGCAACCAACGUGGGCCGGGAGUGCUGCCUAGAGUACUUCAAAGGGGCCAUCCCUCUCAGAAGGCUGACAGGGUGGUACAGGACCUCGGGGGAGUGUUCCAAAGACGCCAUAGUGUUUGUAACUAUCCAUGGCAAGUCCAUCUGUUCCGACCCCAAGGACACCAGGGUGAAGAAGACAGUCAGAUAUUUGCAAAGCAUCAUGAACCCUGUGCCCCAGGAGUCCUGA